GUACUGUGUUCGAGUUCGCCCAUGAACUAUGGAAGCGCGCUCCCGACACUUCAGGUGAAUGAGAGGGAAGCAGAGGAGCGGGAUACGGUUCACUGUGCGUCGUAUUAAAAAGGAACAAUUAGAGGAAAAUGAGUUGUGUUACGUCGCUUGGGGCGCAUGUUUUUAUGACAACUUAUCUACUCUUCGUGAUGGGAUGCGUUGCACAGAAAGUAUACUUUGACUGUGGUGCCAAGGUGGAUGUGGUGGACGUCCAAGGCCUCAUUCUGUCCCCUGGCUUCCCCUACAACUACUCCUCUGGGACACACUGUGUUUGGCAGUUCUUUGUGCCUGUUGAUUACCAGCUUAUUCUGGAGAUAUUUGACUUUGACGUGUUUGAAAGCCAUGAUUCCACGGCACAGUACUCUGCCAUCUCUAAUUUUGAAGAGGAAGAGGCAGACGAAGAGGUGACUUUCACUCCUGGCAGCUUAGCGGCAGAUGAAACUUCAUCAGCAGCUAAAGAUCCUAUGCUUCAGAGAAUAGGGGAUGUCACAAAGACUCAGCAGUCAUCCCAAGACGGUGAGGUCAAGCAAGUAGUGGUCCAGGAACAGUCCACAAAGAUGGAGAUUGCCAAAGUCUCCAAUUCUGCCAAAAGAUCUGCAGAUGAUUCCUCUGGCCUACCUUCGCCACCUCCUCCCUCUCUUCUCCUCCUACCUGUUGCUGUGCCUCCAGGAGAAAAGGCUGUCAACUCUGCCUCUUCGUCUCACCUCAGGGGAGACCUCAACCCCAGUUCUAACCCAAGCACAGUUGUGGAGGAGACCACCCUUGCCUCGCCACACUCCACUGACACUCCAGCUGUGAGCCCCGAAACCCAGCACUCAGUGCUUGAUGCCUGCCCACACGAUGUCCUCUACAUCUCAGACCUCAUCACCUUCUCCUCCAGGUUCUGUGGGUCCAACCGGCCUCCCAGCAGCCAGCUGGUUUUUGGCUCCAGCCAGGAGAUGGUGGAGGUCAUCAUGGAGCUCAUCACCACCACCCACUGGGGCCGCGGCUUUGCUCUUCUCUUCCACUACCACAACCUGACCGAGCCAGGGGUGGACCGCCGUGCUUCCGCUCCCACAGCCAGCAAGGUUGACUCUUUGCUGGCUGCUGUGAGUGGAGCUGCCUUCUUCGCUAUGAUACUUACAAGUGCCCUCUGCAUCGUUUUCAGAUCCAAACUGUGUCCAAAAAGAGCCAGCUCCUGUGCAUCCAGCAACUCUGAGGUGCCAGAGGGAGUCCAGAACACCAGGGCUGAGGUCAGCGAGCUGCAACUGAUGGCUGAGAAUCAGACCAACCUGGAGGCAACCACAGAGCAGGACAACAACAACGACAGCCUGCCACACACAGUCAGUGCUGGCGGUGACAUUUCCCAGAAUGCAGAGGUGGACCUCUGCUGCAGCGGUCUGACUGAACUCGACCUUGGUGCUGAUGAGGUCUUCAUUGUAUCUUCAGCACCUAGCCCAAGCAGGCUACCCUUCGCACCUCACACACAGCGGGAGAGGUUUCUGCGGCACAGUGACACUGGUCCCAGCCCUGCAGGUGACUGGCCCUCACCAGACUCCACCACCUCACCUACUGGUGCCAGGUCCGCCAAGGACGGCAGCGGCGGCUGUGCCAGACCGAGAGCGUGGAGCGUACGCACCUUCCAGGACUUCCUCUCUCCACUGCCGCAGCUGCAUAAGAAGUGGUGCAGCUGGAACUCCACCAGUCCCUUCACCAAGCUGGUGGACAGCGCUCCAUCCAGUUUGGUAGCUGACUGCAGAGGGGACGACAGCAGGAAGGUCUUCUCUGAUGUUCACCUGGAGGCCAAGGCAGAUAACAGCACCAUCUCUGACUCAUCCAUCAGCAAUGCCUCCUACCCCCUUACACAGCCCGCCCAGAGGCAACGGCGUCUCAACUCCACCAGCAACCUGCGGCGCUCGCGCUUCACAGGGCCUUGCUUUGGCCUGCUUUCCGGGACGGCAGACCCAACGAAGGUCUCCGGGGUUCCUCAUGCCCAGGGCUCCCCAUCAGAACACAGCUCUGGCUCCUCUUCCUCCACCCAGUGUCAGAUUGAGAGUGGCCAGACCGGAAAGAGGCGUGAGUUCCCAGGCGAGGGCGAUCACAUCAGCGUGCCAGUGUUUGCCAUCUCUGAGGAGGAGGACCGGCAGCCUCUGGUCUCAGCUGAGCACCUGGACCAGACCUCUGCCUCCGCCCUGCUGAAUGGAUUGGUUAGGGGGACAUAUGAGGGGAAGAGGCCUGCCGUUGGAAGCACCAGCCUCAGCCCCCAGAGCCAGAGGGCCAGACCAGAGUGCAGGCCUUGGGGGAGCCAGGUGUCAGGAGGGGUUGGCCCACUCCCUUCCAAUGCACUCACCACCAUGACCAAGUCAAACACAGUCAGUAGCAGCCAGCCGUCUCUCAGUCAGUCCAUAGUGCUGUGCAGUGUGACCAACCAGAUGUGACCAGACGGGCUUUAAGUUGGUAAAAAGAGCAGGGACUCUGGUGGGCCAGUUGUGCAUUUCUGAACUCUGUUAGUGCCACUUUGUGAAAUAUAUAACCUAUAAUCUUUAAUUUCUGAAAUCAACUUUUUCAAAAUGAUUACUACAUAUACUGUAGCGAACUGCUGGCAAAUAUAUUGUUCUCACUCUAGUUUUUUUCUAUUUUUAUAAAGUUGUGUUUGGACAAAGAUGGAAUAAUAUGCUGCUUACUAUGCCAAGGCACUGACUGCUGUGGUAUUGUGUUUAAAAAAGAUGACUGAUUGCAAACAUGAACAAAAAAGUAUUUUCUGAGUGAGUACUCCGUAAGCCCCAAAUUUUAAGGGCACUUUUUAAUCAGAUUUAUUAACCAGUUUGAUGCUAUUCCAUCAGUUUUAAUACUCCAACCAUUGCACUUUGCUUUCAAUAGCUCAUUCAUUGUGGAUUUUGCGCUGCCUUGUGCCAUCUUUCUUUUUCCUUGAUGUGGUUCUUCAUGUGGUUAUUUUUUUAGCACAGGCUCAUAAAUGCUUAUACAAUUACCUAUUACCCAAAAGUUUUGUGCAGAGCAUAGACCGUACAUUAAUGUUGAUGUUGCAACAAUGUAUGCAUACAGUAUGUACUCCUAAGGCUCAUACUGCAUUAUAAAAGGGAAAUCAAAAUAAAGUAAAAGCAUAUAGAGUACUAAUAUACACUAUUAUGUAGUAUAAAAGAGAGAACUAGCUCUCACAAUAGUAUUUAAAUGAGUUAUGAAUUGAUGUAAUGUUUUAAUAAAGGCUAUGUCAUGCA